CCGUCGCCUGCUCGCAGCUGGUGCGCGGGAGGGAGACCGGAGCGGACUGGACCCUGGAGAAGUAUUCACACCAACCAAGAAUUUUACAAUCUGAUGCUAUUCAAAAAGUUGCGGCAAACACAGAUGUUUCUGAAAUGUGGGAGAAUGAUUUGCGCCCUAUCCUGAUAGAAAGAUACUCAGGAUCACCAGGAAAUUAUGUUGUACGACAGCAUAUCAAGCACCGUCUUCAAAGAUUACAGGCUGGUUGGGAAAUUGAAGAAGAUACCUUUCAGAGAUACACACCAUAUGGAUAUCAAACAUUUUCAAAUAUUAUCAGUACUCUCGACCGCUCUGCAAAACGCCAUCUAGUACUUGCUUGCCACUACGACUCAAAAUUCUUUGGACAACAAUGGCAGGAGAGAGUGUUUGUAGGAGCAACUGAUUCAGCUGUGCCUUGUGCUAUGAUAUUGGAGCUGGCACGUGCCCUGGAUAACAAGCUUCAAUUAAUCAAGACUGGCUCAACGUCAAGACCAGACCUUUCACUUCAGCUCAUUUUUUUUGAUGGUGAAGAAGCCUUUGUCCGAUGGUCCCCUUCCGAUUCCCUCUAUGGAUCUCAACACUUAGCUCAAAAAAUGGUAUCUACUCCACAUCCACCUGAUUCAACAACCACAAAUCAGCUGCAGGGCAUAGACUUGCUUGUACUACUGGAUUUAAUUGGUGCACCAAACCCAGUCUUUCCCAAUUAUUUUCCUAACACUGUUCGAUGGUUUCAGAGGCUGCAAGCAAUUGAGCAAAAGCUACACAACAUGAAUCUGCUGAAGAAUCAUCUUGUUGAAAGGCAGUAUUUCCAGACUACUUUGCAUCGAGGCUUGGUUGAAGAUGACCAUGUUCCAUUUUUAUUAAGAGGUGUUCCAGUCCUACAUCUGAUUCCAUCCCCUUUUCCUGCAGUAUGGCAUACCAUGGAGGACACAGAAGAAAACCUUGACAAAACCACUAUCGACAAUCUCAGCAAAAUCCUGCAAGUGUUUGUACUGGAGUAUCUAAACCUGUGAUAGACAAAAUGGCAACAAAUCAUACUGCAUUCUAAAUACUGUUUGCCCACCUUCACAUUUGCUAUUUAACUGCAUUGGAGAGCACUAAAGUGAAGCCAAACAUAAUGAUAGCUCUUGGUAGACUGAUGAUAGAUUCAACUGUUCCUGGCCCAAUGUUCCAUGUAGCCAAAUAAGAUAGCAUUAAAUAAGAAUUAGUUUCAGCCUGGAAGGAAUUUGAUCUUUCCAUGUCUUACCUCUGAAUAAAAAACCCCAGGAUUUUUCUGGAUUGUUAUCACUGUUUUAUGUCACCUAUUAAGAUCCUGGGAGGGAAUGCCUCCCUACUUAAGCAUUACCUACAGUUUUUACAAGGUGGGACCAACUUUUGCAGUGUUCAGCAAUGGAAAUUUAUACAUUAUCAAGAGGCAAAAAAUCCCACUAAAACCAACUUCUACUUUGAGUUGAACUAAACCACCUCAUACUGAAAUGAGUUGCUAGAACUCC